CCGCGGCGGCUGUCACGGGGCGAGCGGGCCGCACUGGGCUCCUGCGGGGCCCCGCGGCUUCCCUUCGGCCUGGCCGCGGCUGCCCGGCGGCAUCCGCGCUCUACCACCAUGCUCAGGCGGAUUCUGCAGCGGACUCCAGGUAGAGGUGGGUCUCAGAGCUCGGAUUCGGAUUCAUCUGCCACGCCUGGAAAUGCCGUGGACGUGAACAACGACGGCUCCUCAGAGGGCUUCAUCUGUCCAUUGUGUAUGAAAGUGUGUGUAACUCCCACUGAUCUGUCUGAACAUUACCAGAGUGAGCACACUGGGACAGAAGGAAGACAGGAGCUUCGUGACCUCCCAGCUACUAGUGGCUUUAUUUGUCCUCUCUGUAUGAAGUCUCAUGGAUCAGCAGAGGAGCUGUUCAAGCACUAUGAAGCAGUUCAUAAUUCUGGCAUUGAUUCAACUCACGGAGGGGAAGGUCAUCUGUCACCAGAAAGAGAUGAAGUACCACUGCUCCGACAAGAAGUCCAAGACUUGCAAGCUUCGCUGAAGGAGGAGAGAUGGUAUUCAGAAGAACUGAAGAAAGAACUAGAGAAAUUGCAGGGGCAGCGGCAGCAAGAAUCUAAAUCUGAUGGAUUGACAACAGCUACGUCAACAGAAUCAUUAGAACGGCAACUAGAAGAGAUCCAAGUAGAAAAUUUUAACAUUAAACAAAUGAAAGACUUAUUUGAGCAAAAAGCAGCACAACUGGCCACUGAAAUUGUGGAUCUUAAAUCAAAGUAUGAUGAAGAAAUCAGCCUUCGGGAAGGUGCGGAACAGAAGGUGAUGAACCUAAGACAAGAACUGCAGAAAGAGAGAAGUACAGUAGAAGACUUAAAGACAGAGCUGCUCCAAAGGCCUGGUGUGGAAGAUGUGGCUGUCCUGAAAAAGGAGCUGGUCCAAGUUCAAACACUGAUGGAUAAAAUGACCCUGGAACGUGAAAGAGAAUCUGAAAAGCUGAAAGAUGAGUGCAAGCACUUGCAGGCUCAGCAGGCUAACUCUGAGGCUACCAUUAACCAAUUAAGAGCUGAACUUGCCAAAGGACCUCAGGAGGUAGCUGUGUGUGUUCAGGAGCUGCAAAAACUUCAAAGUUCAGUCAAAGAGCUAGAACAGAAGAAUCAGAGUCUAACUGAGAAGCUGCUGAAGAAAGAACAGGACUACACCCAGCUGGAAGAAAAACACAAUGAAGUAUCUGUGAGUAAGAAGAAUGUGCAGGCAAGUUUUCACCAGAAGGACCUGGACUGCCAACAGCUUCAGGCGAAGCUGUCUGCGUCUGAAGCCUCGAUACAGAGAUUGCAGACAGAGCUAGGUGAGAAGGCAGAAGCAAGCCAGAAGCUUAAAGAAGAGUUAUCUGAAGUAGAAACAAAGUACCAGCAUCUCAAGUCAGAAUGUAAACAGCUCCAGCAGCAGAGGGAGGAAAAAGAGCAGCAUGGCCUGCAACUCCAAAGCGAGCUCAGUCAGUUGCACAGUAAACUCCUAGAAACAGAGCGGCAGUUAGGGGAAGCACACGGGCGGCUCAAGGAACAGAGGCAGCUGUCCAGUGAGAAACUGAUGGACAGAGAGCAGCAGGUGGCUGACCUACAGCUAAAACUUUCUCGUGCUGAAGAGCAGCUAAAGGAAAAAGCAGCAAAUUCCACAGAAUUGCAGCAUCAGUUAGAAAAGGCAAAGCAGCAGCACCAGGAGCAGCAGACCCUUCAGCAAAAUACAACAGCAAAACUACGAGAAGCCCAGAAUGAUCUGGAGCAAGUACUACGACAAAUUGGAGAUAAGGACCAAAAAAUUCAAAAUCUUGAGGCUUUGCUUCAAAAAAGUAAGGACAACAUCUCUCUGCUAGAAAAGGAAAGAGAGGACUUAUAUGCAAAAAUUCAAGCUGGUGAAGGAGAAACUGCAGUUCUUAACCAGCUACAAGAGAAAAACCAUGCAUUACAAAUACAGGUAACCCAACUGACAGAAAAGCUGAAAAAUCAAUCAGAAAGUCAUAAACAAGCCCAAGAGAAUUUGCAUGAACAAGUGCAGGAACAAAAGGCACAUCUAAGAGCUGCCCAAGAUCGUGUGCUUUCCCUAGAAACAAACAUCACUGAACUAACCAGUCAGUUAAAUGAAAGUAAAGAGAAAGUGUCACAACUUGAUGUGCAGGUAAAAGCGAAGACUGAAUUGCUACUUUCAGCAGAAGCAUCAAAAGCUGCUCAGAGGGCAGAUCUACAGAACCAUCUGGACACUGCCCAGAAUGCACUGCAAGAUAAACAACAGGAGUUAAAUAAGGUCAGUGCUCAGUUGGAUCAGGUUACAGCUAAGCUGAAUGACAAGCAGGAAUACUGUACUCAGCUGGAAGCCAGUCUUAAAGAGUACAAAGAAAAAUGCCUUUCUUUAGAACAGAAAACUGAAGAACUAGAGACACAGUUUAAGAAACUUGAAGGUGACAUUCUUGAUGCUAGAGCAAGUAAAGAGCAAGCUCUUCAGGAGUUACAGCAACAGCAACAUCAGAACAAAGAAUUAGAUCUCCGGACAGCAGAACUGAGUAAACAACUUGAAGCAGCAAGAGAAGCGAUGUCUAAUGCUCAACUGGAUUUGCAGAAGAAAUCUGAGGCCCUUGAUCAAGCAAAUCAACAAAUUAAAAAGCAGGAGGCAGAAAAGGCCAGUCUCAAACAAAACCUUGAGAAAUCAAAUCAAGAUACAAGUAAACAGCUCAAGGAACUUGAUUGUAAAAUGCAAGCAGCCACAUCAGAGCUGCAACAAGUGAAAUUAGAGAAGGACACUCUAUUAAAGGACCUUACAGAAACCAAAGAUAAGCUCUCAAAAAGCUCUGAAUCCUUCAAAAAAAGAAAGGAGGAGUUAGAAAAAGAAAUUAAAAAAGGAAAAGCAGCUAUGGCAGAAAUGGAAAAAUCUUGCCAAGAAUUAAAACACCAGCUUCAGAUACAAACAGAGUCUGUAGCUAAAGAGAGGAAUGAAUUGAAAAACUCACUGGAGAAAAAAGAGGGGAUUUCUAAGCAGUUGUCUAUAGACCUUGAUUCAGCAAGAGCACAAGUACUGGAAAUCCAGGGUCUUCUGAAGGAAAAAGAAAAAAGUGAGCAACAUCUCCAGGGAAAGCUGAGAGAAUUAAAGGAAUCUUUUGAGCAGAAGAAAAAACAUAGUGAAACACUGCAAGCUGAAUUAAAAACUGCCCUUUUAGAAAAGGCGGAGCUGGAGAAUAAACUACAACAGCAGUCUAUUUUGUCAGCACAGGAGCUGAAAGCAGAGAAAGGCAAGCUAGCAGAUUUACAGCAGGCCCAUGAUAAACAUAAAGAGAACAUGGAGAAGCUGCAGCUGGAUCUUUAUGGCAAAGAGUCUGAGCUGCUGGCAACCAGGCAAGACCUUAAGUCCACAGAAGAAAAACUUGCUCUAGCUCAAGAAGAAUUAGUUUCCAGCAGGAAUCGAAUUGCUAGCAGUAAUCAACAGAUUCAGGAGCUGAAGAAAGCUAAGUCUGCACUGGAGCAGGAUGCAUCAAAGAAAGAACAGCAGCUGGGUGAGAAGACCAAAAUGCUACAAGAUCUUCAGAAUGACAGGGUUUUGAAAGAAAAAGAUUUGGCUAAUGAAAAAUGUAAAACGGCAGAGCUCCAGGAAAUAAAGAACAGACUUGAAAAAGAAAGUGCCAAGCUGGGUGAAGAGCUUAAAGCCUGCAAGCAAGAAUUUGAGAAGGAGGUGACAAAUCUCAAGGAUGGAAACCAGCUAUUGAUUCAACAGAAAUUAGAACUGCAGGGCAAAAUAGAUAAUGCAAAUUCAACUCUGGAACAGGAGAAACAAAAGCUUCAAGCUGUCAAAGAUCAGCUGAGAAAGAGAGAAGAGGAGCUGAAGAAAGAAUGUGCUGAAAUUGAAGCCAAACUGCACACAGAGAAAAAAGACAAAGAAGAAGAAAAACGGAAACAUGAGGAAAAGGAGACCAAGCUCACCAUGCAGGUGACAGCCCUGAAUGAAAACCUGGCUACCAUGAAGAAAGAGUGGCAAAGCAGUCAAAGACGAGUGAGUGAGCUGGAGAAGCAGACAGAUGAUUUACGUGGGGACAACGCUGUCCUGGAAGCAACAGUCCAGAAUAAUCAGGAUGAGAGAAGAGCAUUGCUGGAGAGGUGUAUAAAAAGUGAGGGAGAAAUUGAAAAGCUUCAGGCCAAACUUGUAGAAAUGAAGAAAAAGCUGGACAAUACAACUGCUGCAAUGCAGGAACUUGGCCGAGAAAACCAGUCAUUGCAGAUCAAACACACACAAGCUCUCAACAGGAAGUGGGCAGAAGACAAUGAGGUACAGAAUUGUAUGGCCUGUGGAAAAGGCUUUUCGGUGACAGUAAGAAGGCAUCACUGUAGACAGUGUGGAAAUAUCUUUUGUGCUGAGUGCUCAGCAAAGAAUGCCUUAACUCCUUCUUCCAAGAAGCCUGUCCGAGUCUGUGAUACUUGCUUUAAUGACUUGCAAGGAUAACUGGCUAUCGUGAGUGACCAAGAAAUGCUACACUAAAAUUUACUAUUUCUGUUGAUGCACUUCAUUCAGCACUCAGACUACUAUUCAGUUUGGACAAUGAUUGUAACACUUGGCAAAAUCUAGUAUAUUUUAAAAUGUUUAUUGAUACCAAGCAAAACUAUUGUAUUUUUUUGUGAGACAUGGGCUCAGAUCAUUCAUAGCUUACUGACAUUCAUCAUGGAAAGAGCUUUUAUGUCUAGAUUAGAAAUAUCCAGUUAUUUGUAAAUAAAGUUUAAACAGAGGAGUAA